AUGCUUCUAAACUGUGGCCAGCCCCUCCCUCUCCUGAGGCACACGGAUGUCCCACCUCGGGUCAAAGAGAAUUUCAUCCUCACCGGGUAUCGAUUCCCCAACUACAGCCUGAAAGACUGUCUCCUGUCCGCCUUCAGACCCACCAACGAGACCGGCAACUUCUGGACUCACUUCCUCCCGGUUUUCAUCUUUUUCUACCACUUCGUCGAGGUGUUCGGCUGGGAAAACGCGCCAAACGGGGACGACGCCUUCUUCUACCCGCUGUGGAACUACUUCAUCGGCGUGUUCUGCCUCCUCAUGGCGAGCAGCUUGGCCCACCUCCUGAACUCCAUGUCGAUAGUGGUUCGCGAAGUGUGUUUCUUUGUGGAUUAUGGCACGAUUAGCGCGUACACGGUUGGAUCGUCUAUCGCCUACUACUUCUACAUCCACCCGCGAGCCGGCCUGCAAGAAGUCCCUCAAACCCAGCCCGAAACGACCAGGUCUUCCUAUGCAAGUCUCGAUUUUGACCUCUUCUUUGAGGCUCUCUACAUUCCCAUUGCAUGUGCGGUCGCUAUUAUUUGCAUCUUGUCUUGUUGCAACACACGCCAGAGAUGGAGAAAGUACCGCUACGUCAUCCGAACUCUUGUUUUCAUUCUGCCUUUCUUCGUCUCCUCUACGCCAGUCUUCUACAGGCUCCUCACCAUAUCCCCCUAUUCGGACAAGACCUCCUCCUUCGCUUCGUCCAACACCAUGGCCUCCUUUUUCUACCGCCACUGCUUCUGGUUGCUUCUGUCCGCAGUGGUCAACAUCAGCAAAGUUCCCGAACGCUUCGCCCCCGGUCGCUUUGACAUCUGGGGCCACAGUCACCAAUGGUUCCACUGUUUUACGUUCCUCUCCAUCCUGGACGAGCUGCACAUGAUCAAGGCGGAGGUGAGGGCCAUCUUGCUGAGUCCGUCUUUGCUCCUGGGCCCUGAGAGUUCCCCUCGGCUCCCAGGUCCCACCGUAGCCUCCACCUACGGCGUGAUGCUGCUGCUCCAGACCACCAUCGUUAGCGUCAUUGCGUGGUUCUCCUGGAAGGCCAACCGCAUCUACGGGCCCCAGAGAGACCAGCUUCUCAAGGACCACCCACACAUGCAUCAGAAAUGUCAUUGA